AUGACAACCUCUACCACUACCUCCACUGCGACCCUUCGGUUGCGACAGGAGUCCAAUUAUGGGCAGCCUGGUCUGCAUGAGGAAGCUGCCAUGCGAGGAUAUCCAGCUCCCACUAACCUGGACGACCCUGUGGCAAGAUUCAACAUUCCAAAUGAUGCCGACCCCAGUCUGAUGACACGAUUCCCUCGCCCACCACAAUUCGCAGACACGUACGAAGAGAGAGAGUACCUGAAAGGCCGGCUCGCCCUCGCCUUCCGCAUUUUUGGUCGGAAAGGGUUCGACGAAGGUGUUGCAGGCCACAUCACUCUUCGGGAUCCCGUCAACCCAAACACCUUCUGGGUCAACCCUUUUGGCCUCUCAUUCAACAAGAUCAAAAAAUCGGAUCUUAUCCUCGUCGACGAAGACGGCAAAGUUAUUGGGGGUGGAAAACGCAGACUGAUCAACACGGCUGCAUAUAUGAUUCACUCCGCCAUUCACAGAGCUCGGCCCGAUGUUCUCUGCGCAGCUCACUCGCACAGUCUAUACGGCCGUGCCUUCUGCACUCUUGGACGACCGAUCGAUAUCAUCACUCAGGACUCAUGUGUGUUUUACAACGACCUAGCUGUGUAUAAGCAGUUCGGGGGAAUUGUCUUUGCUAAAGAAGAGGGCGAAAACAUUGCCAAAGCCUUGGGGAACAAGAAAGCCUGCCUUCUUCAGAACCACGGUCUGUUGACUGCCGGCCCCAGCAUUGAAGCUGUUGUCUUUUGGUUCGUCUCUCUCGAAAAGUGUUGUCAAGCUCAACUACUGGCCGAUGCUGCUGCCGGUGGCCGUGGCCAGGAGACAGUCAAGAUCGACGAUGAGGACGCCGCAUAUACUGCCAAGAAUGCAGGUCAGAAUUGGCCUGGUUGGUUCAGCGGCCUACCCUUGUUUGAUGAUGUCCUCGACGACGUCGGUGAUGAAGUCUAUCAGUGA